GACAACGAGCAAAGUGCGAACAUCAAGAGUGAAAAGAUUCGGUGAUUUUUUGAACCCAAAAAGAAAUGGCCACUACGAUUUCUACAAACUGCACUCAAUUGUUGAGUUUGAACCAGAAAUCAGCAUCGAUGACUACCUUUACAUUAGAUGCCUCCCGUUUUGCUCAAAAGGAUUUGGGUCUAUUCAUGGAGAGUCUGGAGACGAUUUCCCGCCUUGAAAGGGAACGCCAUGAGCGUCGCCAACGACGCCGAGAGCAAAAGAUCCAACAGGCUCGCAUUGCCGAACUGGAAAGCGAACGAUGUGUCAGUCCAACGCCCAGUGCUGAGGAGGCAGUCGAUGAACCUGUCAUGUAUUUGGAAGCCAAAUGCAUACCCUAUGCCAUAUCCGAGGAAUUGCCCAUGCAGAAGAAUUUCAAUUCGAAUUCCAGUUCAAAGCGUAUAUCCGAUUACUAUUCCUGCGAUGAUGAGGCCUACGGCAGUGUCAAUCAAUCGCCACGUAGCAGUGUAACCUACUGCAGUUGUGGUGGUAUCUCUAGCAAUCAGGAUUCCGAUUCGGCUGAGUCCGGCAUCUAUGGACAAACGAGCUCAUCAGCAUCACCACCACCAUUACGUCCACGUUCUCAGGUUAUCAGUCAGCCCAAGGCACGUUCGACACGUUCUCGCAUUAUUAGUUUGGUAUUGAAACGUGAAUAUGCCAAAGCUCCCUCUGCUGAGCAAUUGGAUCAGCCCGAACGCUGUGAUCGAAUGGUCAAUGAGACCAUCAAACAUAAAUUUGAUCAACUUUCGAGCAAAUCACGACGUGGCAUUGCUUUUGGUCAGGGAUCGGCGGAAGAGCGUUUCCUCGACAAGGCAUUGCGCUAUUUGACUUUGUAAUAACCAAAAUCAUAUGAUUAAUAAUCAGCUUUAAAUUAGAAUAGUUUUAGAAUUUCCCUAUAGAACAUGUACGAAAUAUUCAUUAAUUUGUUUGUAAAACAUAUU